AUGGCUGCCUCUAUCCCACGCCCACCAAGGCCGUCCUAUGGACCUCCUACGAGCGCUUUGCCCGCGUUACCUACCAAGAAGACCCGCAAGAGCACUGGCAACAUCCCCAAUGUCUCACGUCUCAGUCCUGACUCACCUCUCCCCAGUUUGCCUAAAAGCGGCCUCCGAGCACCUUCGUCCUCGCAUCUCCCACCUUCAACUACUCCAGGUGGUGGUAGUACAGCUCUUCCGAAAUUACGGACCACGCCUGGGGUCAACGCAGCUGGGAAGACUCUCAGAAAGACCAUCAGUAUCAAUGCCUUUCCACAGCCACCUCGAGGAGGGGUCAGGACCGCGAGUCUUCCCCCAAGUCCACUGUCGGGUGGGUUGACACCGGGAGGCGGUUCAUCUGGCGGCGUCUCAAGGGAUGAGUCCGCUCCUCCGACUCCUGCAAGCAAGCUUCGGAAGCGCCCGAAGACGUCUCUCAGUCCAAAUACACAAACCUUCGUCAACGGUUCGACGCCCAGUUUACUCAAUGGUAGUGGAGACAGCAGGUCAAUAUCCAGCGGACCAGGAGCACGCGGAUCAGAUGGUCUGUUGAGUCUCCCCUCACCACCUCAGAGUCGAAGCUCAUCAGCCCAAGAUUCAUACUCAACAUCAGCAACAAAUUACGACGACCAUGGGGAGGGACCCAGAGGUCGGGAAUCCUCUGCGGAUAUGAGCAAUGAUAAGGGCUCAUCAAAACCACCGGAAGGAAAGGGAAAUGUAAUUGUUAGUGUACGAGUACGCCCAGACGCUGGUGGCAGUGGAGGGAAAGGGGACGGAGACUGGAUGGUGGAGGGGAGGAAAUCUCUAGUUUCCUACCGAGGAAAAGAAGCUGGUGAUUAUUAUUAUGAUAAUGUUUUUGGAACUCACGACAACAAUGCUAAAGUUUAUGAUUCGUCUGCGAAAAGGCUCGUUCGACGGGUGAUGGAAGGAUAUCAUGGGACGGUUUUCGCAUACGGGAUGACGGGUACCGGGAAAACAUUCUCGAUGCAGGGUACCGCAUCGUCACCGGGUGUCAUCCCUCUUGCCAUCACGGACAUAUUUUCGUACAUUCGCGAAACUCCUUCGAGGGAAUUCCUCCUCCGAGUCAGUUAUCUGGAAAUUUAUAACGAGAGGAUCCAUGAUCUACUGAGCACCCCGCCCCCAGGGACAACUGUUGGCCCUGGGGCCCCCCAGCAGGAAGAGAUCAAACUCCGAGAAGAUAGCAAACGGGGUGUUUAUGCCACGCCGCUGAAAGAGGAAAUAGUUCAAAGUCCAACUCAGCUUCUGAGAGUGAUUGCGAGAGGAGAUAAUUCGAGACGAACGUCUAGCACCCAGUUCAACGCCCGGAGUUCCCGAAGUCACGCAGUCGUUCAAAUCGUGGUCGAGAGUCGAGAGCGUAUACCUGGGAACGGAGCUAUGACCGACAACAAGCGGUCCGGUAUAGUACCAGGCGGCGUCCGAGUUUCUACGCUCAGCUUGAUCGAUUUGGCCGGUUCUGAACGGGCUGCCGAGACCAAGGAACGAAGAACUGAGGGGUCUCAUAUCAACAAAAGCUUGUUGACCCUGGGCACCGUCAUUGCUCGACUCUCUGGUGAUACGGACAAAGAUGGGAAGCCAACCGACAAGGAUGGAAAGCAUCUCCCUUACCGAGACAGCAAACUCACCAGAUUACUGCAAGGAGCGUUGUCUGGCGAUUCCCUCGUCAGUAUUCUGUGUACCAUCCAGAUCGGAUCGGCAGGCAGUGCUGCGGCGGCAAACACCCAUACUGGCGAGACCUUGAACACACUGAAAUUUGCCGCAAGGGCUAAGAAUAAUAUUGUGAGUCAUGCUAAGAAGGCAGAGGAGGCUCUAGGCGCAGGAGGCGAUGGUGGGGCUCGAGUCUUACUGGAACGAUAUCGCAUGGAGAUCUCGGAUCUGCGGUCCCAGCUCGAGGUACAAUCCAAGUCAAAGCAUGACGAUGAUGAAGAGAAGCGCGAAAAAGAAGCCGAGCUACGCCACGAAGAACAAAUGCUGGAGAUGCAGCUAGCUCGAACAGCAUUGAAGGAGAGAAUUGAGCAUUUAAAUCGCCUCAUUCUAAGCUCCAAAUCGACGGGUGUUAAUGCGAGCGGUUCUUAUUCUUCACUGAGUAUGCAUCCAAGACUGUCGAACGCGCCGUCGAAUGGUCAUAUUUCGUCAAUGUCUACCCGUUCUUCCAUGGCUCCAUCCACCAUUGGCCGUAACUCAUUAGAACGGUCAGCAUCUGUGAACUCGGUGUCUACCAUUGGCCAACUGCCAGCAGGUCCAGUACCUAACGGCGAGCACGGAUCGGUUGAGGAUGAGGACUCGAUCGGCGAAUAUGGUGAUGGGACUGCUACGUUGACAGCACAAAACCGAGCCCUACGAGCAGACCUCGCAGACAAGACCCGAUACUGUCAAACGCUUGAGAAGCGCCUGCUCCAAGCUAGGCGUUCAAGCCACUCCAGGGCUUCCGUUGGCUUUUCGACGCCUGGGAAGGCGGGUGUGAUGGUUGGUGAAGACCAUGGCGUCGCAACCUUGCUCAAGGAGAAGGACUCCGAAAUUGCGGAUCUCCGGGCUCGAUUGGACGACAAAGAUCGCAUGUUGACGGCGUUGCGGAGCGCGUCUCGGUCGCGCGACACUGCUGAUCGAGAUCCACGCUGUACGCCGAUACAGCUCCUCAGGGAUGAGCCAUUAAGCCCAGUCUCUGCUCGUGCCUCCCAAUUGCUCGAUAAUGGACCAAUAUCCCCCAUUCUUGCUGCGGGACCGAUGGGCCUGCUGUCACCAAAACUACGGAAGAGGACAAAGAGCGUGGAUGAAAUGAGCAAAAUGCUAGACGAGAUGAUCCAGGAUCGCGUUGAGAGCGGCCAUAUUGUAAAGGGCUCUCGAGGAAGUGUCCGUAUUGCGAGCGAGAGAAAGCGUGAUAACGCCGUGACGGAGGCCAUAGAGCCUCCCAAAGAUUCCACCCCGCUAGCGAGAGAAUCGCCUGCUUUGGUAUCAGAAGUUCAAUGA